GACAACACAGCACUCCUCCCCCUCCGGCUUUCUUAUCUACUAUCUUCAUCUCUCCCACGAUCGUCGCCAUCACUAUCUCGCACUCACAUACCUCACCGCCCCCAUCCGCUAGCUACAUCCACUCCCUACCCCCACCACGAUGUCUCCCGCGCCCCGUCCAACCAAGAACGUAACCGGCGCCCACCGCUGGUACCACCGCGACGACGACAUCUUCUCGUACGACGCGCCUAGUGACGAAGAGGACAACUACUACGGCGCUUCUGCACCGCGGGAAUCCUCCAUGAUGCGGAAUGGGUGCAAGAUCUCCUCGCGGGGACGCAAUAGUGCACGGGGAACACGGAGAGUUGGAGAGUUGGAGAGGGGCCCGCUGAGGAAACGCGGGAUCGAUAGUCUCCUUGCGAUGUAUAUCGCGGCUAGGGGCAGUAGGACCUUAAAUGCGUUUAGAAGCACUAGACAGUUGUUUGCUCUGUUGAAGAAGACGGGGUUUAGGUUUCCCGAGCACGAAAGGGAUACGGACUCGGAUGAGAUGGUAGGGGAGCCGGAAGUGGAUGCAGAUGUUGAGGCGGACACGGAGGGGUGGAGGGAGCUGGAGCUGGAGAGAGAGUUAUCUGAGGAUAGAGUGAUGGCUGCUGGUGCUCUGCUCUUGCAUAUGCAUUCGGGCGAGGAUCCGGGGUUACCGCAAAGUGAAGAUGGCGAGGAAUACGAGGAUCGCACUCACGAAUACGGAGGAUGCGAAGGGGAAGAGGAAGAGACGAGUCUGGGGGUCUUCAAGGAUACAGAGAAGGCUACGGUUGCGAAGCAGAAAAAAGGAUACAGAGGGUACGAGGCGCACGAGGAGUUUGCUGAAAGGGAGGCGAACAGGGAGGAGAACGAGACUCCGGAGCCGUCAGCGGCGGCCAGGGAGAUUGUCCGCAAUUACUGGGGACUACAUUAA